UUGCCGGUUUCGAUGGCAGCUGCUUUCUGUCAUUUUGUCCCGCAUCAACAAUAUUUGUGUGAAAGAAAAGUAAAAUCCUAAAAAUGUCGUCUCCCGCUCCAAAAUCACCAGAAUUAUCCGAUAAAAGUAAAAAAUAUGAUCGUCAAAUAAGACUUUGGGGAGAAAAUGGUCAGGCUAUUUUAGAAAGUGCAACAGUCUGCUUGAUCAAUGCAAAUGCAGUUGGAUGUGAAAUUUUAAAAAGUCUCAUUUUACCAGGAAUUGGUGGAUUUACCAUUGUUGAUGGAUCUGUUGUAACUGAAGAAGAUAUUGGCACAAAUUUCUUUUUAGAACAAACUAGCGAAGGGCAAUCAAAAGCAUCUCAAUGCAUGCAAUUCCUACAAGAACUCAAUGCCGAUGCUAAUGGUGAUUAUGUCGAUGAAAGUAUCGAAUUCAUACUCAAUAAUCGUCCGGAAUUUUUCAAUACUUUCGAUGUUGUAAUUGCAUCUAAUUUGAAUGAGAAAACUUUGCUAAGUCUUUCGAAUAAACUCUGGGAUGCUAAGAUUCCAUUUGUUUAUUGUCGAUCAUUGGGAUUCUUUGGGUCUGUUAGAUUGCAGGUGAAAGAACAUUGUGUGAUUGAAGCUCAUCCAGACGAUCGAAUUUAUGAUUUGAGGCUAGAGAAUCCAUUUCCUACUUUGAAAGCUCAUUUGGAGUCGACCCAGAUAACUCCAAAAGUACCAUGGUUAAUUGUGCUAAAUAAGUUUUUAAGCGAUUGGAAGAAUAACAACGAUGGACGUAUCCCAAAGACAUACAAAGAAAAGAACUCACUUAAGGAACUUAUUCAAAGUGGAAUGUCCAAUGAUGAAGAAAACUAUGAAGAAGCAAUAAAGGCAGUAAACACCGCAUUCGGCGCUGGUUUAGUGUCACAUACAAUUAAAGCAAUCCUCGAUGACGAUGCAUGCGAAAAUAUUAAUAAACAAAGUUCUCCAUUCUGGAUAAUGGCCAAAGCUCUUAAAGAGUUCGUGUUGAACGAAAACAAUAAUUACUUGCCCUUGCCAGGAGUUCUCCCUGAUAUGACUGCGAAUACAGAAUCUUAUAUAAAUCUUCAAAACAUCUUCCGUCAGCAAGCAUUGCAAGAUGCUGAUAACAUCUAUAGAAAAUGCCAGCAUUAUUUGAAAGAGCUAGGCUUACCACCAGAAACAAUUACCGAUAAAACAGUGCGUUUAUUUUGUCGUGAAUCGGCUGGCUUAGCCGUGGUUCGAGGUACCAAGCUUGCUGAUGAGUAUGAGAAGUCGAGUAAGAUUGUUAAUAUUGUUGAUAAUUUUGAGACCCAAGGCACUUUGGCCGAAUACUAUGUGGGUUUCUUGGCCUAUGAACGCUAUCAAACCGAAUUCGGAAACAUUCCUGGUGAAUUGUAUGUGGAAAAUGAUACUUCGAAGUUGAAAGGCAUUGCAAACAAAAUGCUAGCGGAAUGGGGUGUCCAUAGUCAGAUUAGUGAUGAUUUAAUUCAUGAAAUCUGUAGUUAUGGUGGUGCAGAAGUUCAUACUGUAUCGGCAUUUAUUGGUGGAUGCGCAGCUCAAGAAGUCAUAAAGCUAAUAACCAAACAAUAUAUACCAAUUGAUAAUACGUUUUUGUAUAACGCAAUUACCUCCGAAACGGAAACAAUAAAAUUGUAAAUGAAAAAUAGA